UUGCCGCCGGAAAACAGGUGUCGUGAAAACCACCGCUCAGCCUAAGCCAGAAUGGGGAAGGAAAAGACUCAUAUCAACAUUGUUGUCAUCGGACACGUAGAUUCGGGCAAGUCUACCACUCCUGGUCAUCUGAUCUACAAAUGUGGUGGGAUCGACAAAAGAACUAUCGAAAAAUUCGAGAAGGAGGCUGCUGAGAUGGGAAAAGGCUCCUUCAAGUAUGCCUGGGUCUUGGAUAAACUGAAAGCUGAACGUGAACGUGGUAUCACCAUUGAUAUCUCCCUGUGGAAAUUCGAGACCUGCAAGUAUUACGUGACCAUCAUCGAUGCUCCAGGACACAGAGACUUUAUUAAAAACAUGAUUACAGGCACAUCUCAGGCUGAUUGUGCUGUCCUGAUUGUUGCUGCUGGUGUUGGUGAAUUUGAAGCCGGUAUCUCCAAGAAUGGGCAGACCCGUGAGCAUGCCCUUCUGGCUUACACACUGGGUGUAAAACAACUAAUUGUUGGUGUUAACAAAAUGGAUUCCACUGAGCCACCCUACAGCCAGAAGAGAUACGAGGAAAUCGUUAAGGAAGUCAGCACCUACAUUAAGAAAAUGGGCUACAACCCCGACACAGUAGCAUUUGUGCCAAUUUCUGGUUGGAAUGGUGACAACAUGCUGGAGCCAAGUGCUAACAUGCCUUGGUUCAAGGGAUGGAGAGUCACCCGUAAAGAUGGGAAUGCCAGUGGAACCACACUGCUUGAAGCUCUGGAUUGCAUUCUGCCACCAACUCGUCCAACUGACAAGCUCUUGCGUCUGCCUCUCCAGGACGUCUACAAAAUUGGUGGUAUUGGCACUGUCCCUGUGGGCCGAGUGGAGACUGGUGUUCUUAAACCUGGCAUGGUGGUCACCUUUGCUCCAGUCAAUGUUACAACUAAAGUCAAGUCUGUUGAAAUGCACCAUGAAGGUUUGAGUGAGGCUCUUCCUGGGGACAAUGUGGCCUUCAAUGUCAAGAACGUAUCUGUCAAAGAUGUUCGUCGUGGCAAUGUGGCUGGUGACAGCAAAAAUGACCCACCAAUGGAAGCAGCUGGCUUCACAGCUCAGGUGAUUAUCCUGAACCAUCCAGGCCAAAUUAGUGCUGGAUAUGCACCUGUGCUGGAUUGUCACACAGCUCACAUUGCUUGCAAGUUUGCUGAGCUGAAGGAGAAGACAGAUCAUCGUUCUGGAAAAAAGCUGGAAGAUGGUCCCAAGUUCUUGAAAUCUGGUGAUGCUGCCAUUGUUGAUAUGGUUCCUGGCAAGCCUAUGUGUGUUGAGAGCUUCUCUGACUAUCCUCCUCUGGGCCGUUUUGCUGUUCGUGACAUGAGACAGACGGUUGCUGUGGGUGUCAUCAAAGCAGUAGACAAGAAGGCAGCUGGAGCUGGCAAGGUCACCAAGUCUGCCCAGAAAGCUCAGAAGGCUAAAUGAAUAUUAUCCCCAAUACCUGCCACCCCAGUCUUAAUCAGUGGUGGAAGAACGGUCUCAGAACUGUUUGUGUCAAUUGGCCAUUUAAGUUUAAUAGUAAAAGACUGGUUAAUGAUAACAAUGCAUCGUAAAACCUUCAGAAGGAAAGGAGAA